AUGCCCAGCUACGAUAAACUCUUCGACUCCAAAACGGACUUCAACCCCAACGAUGGCGAAGACUCCUACACGAUGAUUAACCUCCCCUCAUCAUCCUCAGCAUCCUCCCCCUCACCGAAUCCACCACUCACCAGCAAAAUCAACAAAGGCCACAACCUCCACAUUCCCGACCUUUCCGCCCUCCGCUCCCUAACCACCUCCCCCUUCUCCGAGCACGAACUCCUCUCUCCCUCCUUUCAACACAUCCGUCGAGCCCUCUCGCGCUCUCCAUCACCAUCAAGGUCCUUCUACCAUGACCCCAACGACCCCAACGCUCCUCCCUUCCCCACCAACAUCAGAUCCCGACUGAGGGCAUUCCUCCACCGCAACCGUCCCCUCUUCCAAGUAGCUAUCGCCCAGCUCUUCGGCGCCCUAAUGAACCUCUCCGCUCGUCUCCUCGAACUAUCCGGGGAAGGCGAGAAGGAAGAGGGUCAGGGAAUGCAUCCCUUCCAGAUCCUUUUCGCGCGCAUGUUUUUGACUAGCGUUCUCUCGCUGGUAUAUAUGCAUUGGAAAAAGGUCGAGCAUGCGCCGUGGGGGAGGAGGGAGGUUAGGUGGUUGUUGGUUUUGAGGGGAGUCACGGGCUUCUUUGGGAUUUUCCCCCUCUGGUACUCAAUGCUCUACCUCCCCAUCGCCGAAGCAACAGUCAUCACCUUCCUGGCGCCCUCCCUCUCAGGCUACCUCUCGCACCUCCUCCUCAAAGACCCCUUCACCAAAAGAGAGCAAAUAGCCAGCUUCGUCGCGUUAGCAGGCGUCGUCCUGAUUGCUCGGCCCGUUUCAUUCUUCGCCUCUUCAACUACCUCGGGAGCACCCGCUCUCGAAAGUCCUCAAUUCCCUGCUUCUACUUCGAGUAACUUCACCUCCCUAACCCUAACCCAUAACCUCACAACUACCCUACCCCCGGACCGACCACCUCCGCCACCGCCCCCACGCAAGUAA